AUGACCUCGAGGCCCCCCAUGGGCGUCCCGCCGCGACAACCUCAACGAGGGCCUGGUUCGACGCUGGCGGUCCAGCGGCCAUCGCAUCCCCCGCACUCCCUGUCGCAGCAAUACCUCUCCACGUCCGCUUCCCCCGUCGCGCCCAACGAUCCUGCCGAUGUUUCUCCCGCCGCUGCCCAAGGCCGUCACCAGGCCGCCACCCCGCGCCGCGGCGGCUCCAAGCUGCGGCUCGAGCUGUCCAAUGACUGGACAAACGACCUGCCGCCUGCCACAGAGUCGCCCCAGAUCCUCACGCCCUCGCGUGGCGCGCCCCUGUCCAUGCCUGACGCUAUGGACACCGACAAGCCGAGCCCGGCUCUCUCCCGCGCCUCGCCGCAAGAAAGCAACCCCCCGGUGCCGAUGCCAAAGCGCCGCCCUCGGCCUUCGGAAAGGCCCAAGUCGACUCCGCGGCCCUCGCCUGCCCCCCCCGCGCCGCCUAAAAAAGACUCGAGGCCAAGGCCGUACACUGUCGAGGUUCCCGCCGACGCGCCCCGCUUCAUCUCAAUACACAAGCACGAUAUCCCCAAUAGGGAUCCCUUUAGCAAGGGUCUACAUAUGGGCCAUGCCGACUUCUUUCCCUGGUCGGGUCAACACCACGAAGACGAAUGGAGCCCCGACGCGAUCCAGAAGGGAACAUGGGAUCGAGGGACUCAGAACGAGACGGCCUCGGCUCGCCUGGCCGUGCUUCCCGCCCUGAGGCAGAAGAGCGGCCUCAAUGCGCUGUCGACAAUAUUCAUGGGCGUCAUGAAUCAACGGAGAUUUCGUGGCCAAAUCCUUGCGCCUUCGACCUUUAAGCCGCCGCCGAGGGUUACCUUGACUGAUACCAAGCGCGAGGUCUGGCUCAAGGACCUGGCCAAUCCCACGAUUUCGCUCCGACGCCUCAGCCGCACAAUUCCCCAUGGCAUACGUGGGAGGACGCUCUUGGACCAGUGCCUGAAUAAAAAUGUGCCCACCGAACGAGCAGUUUGGCUUGCCAAAUGCGUCGGCGCCAAUGAGAUCCGAGCCUUUAAGAGAAAGGGAGCCGGAGGGGCCUUCGUCAUGGGCGGCGAGUCAAAGUGGGUGAGAGACUGGACCAUCUUUGUCGAGCAAUUCGUCGAGGCUACCGUGUCCGCUUUUGGCGAGCCAGAUUGGAAAGUUCGAAUGACUUACGCAAUACGACUCGCAACAAACCUCUAUUCCGAGCAUCUUCUAGAUCGAGACCACUACCUGGACUGGAUUGCGUCCGGCCUGGAAAACAGCCCGCAAUCGAGAGUGCCCAUGUGGAUAUUGAUUGCGCAGAUCACCUGGGCUGACCUGGUCCGUUCAAGAAAGCACGGGCGCCGCCUGGUCUACACGCUACUGGGCCAUCUCAAUGCUAUUUACAACGACCCUGAUCGCGACAUCCUUAUACAGUUAUCCAGCCAGCUCAACAGCCUCUUGGGGACCCUUCUAACCGAUAAUCCAGAGAGCUUCCUUUCCCCGAGCCUCUGGCCGCGGCAUCAAGACGCGUUGAAAGCUUUCUUGCCACCCGAUGACGUCGCCUCUCAAGGCGCAUUUCAAAGGGUCAACGGAAGAAACGCAAGGCUGCUGGUGGCCAACACCACUUCCCCGCCGGCAGGGCGACAAUACCUCGUCAUGCUACUUGACUCGACUAUUCAAGGUCAGAACGACCGGGAUCUCUCAGCCAAAUGUCUGGCAGCCGUCGACGACAAGGCUGAACUCGUCAAGGCUGUGGUCGAGUGGGCCAUAUCUGUCCACCGACCAGGCCUGGCCAAGACAUAUGUUGCAGCGAGGCUCGUCAAAGCGUGGAACACUCUCAACGUGAGCGCCACGUCAGUCAUCGUUGACACGCUGAGCGACAUACCUCCCAGAGACAAGCUUCGCAAGAAGGCCGUCUUUCACCUCGUCGCAGAACUCGUUCGGUCCGGCCUCUUCUCGGUCGCCAAGUACAUGCAAUGGCUCAUCGGACGGGGCGGACUGCACGAUGCUGCCGACAUAGACCCAGACGACGGGCCCUGUGCCUCGAGGCUGCUGGUGGAGCUGCCCAUUCACUGCCUUUCCGAGAGCCAAAAGGCUCAGAGGGGCAAUCUUCUGCGUCGCGCUGGACACUACUCAGUAUCGGAUGAAGCCAGCGACAUCUCGAACGCCUUGAGAUGUGUCGAUGAUACACUGGGCCUCGCGCCGCACCUCGGCAACGCUGACCCGCACAGGAAAUGCCUAACUCUGCGAAAGCUCCUUCGAAGAGUCUCCAACAGCAGCAAGGCAGUGCAGACUUCCAUCGGCGCGCACUUGCGUGACGUUUUCACCUCCAACCUCCUCGGCAAAGUCGACUCGGCUGUCGCUCUGUCCAUAUUCAACUCGGUCCGCGCCAUGCUGGAAACUGCCCAAGACUUUUCCACCCUUUCCCAGAUACUGGAAUGCUGCUCCGCUACUUCAGACAUCGAUGUCCUGGCCGCCAGUGCCGACACCAUCAAUUCUCACAUGGAGAUUUUCCUGUCUCUCGAGUCUGCGGACGCCUUGUUCGACGCACUCACUGCUAGGCUAAAGUCGAUCAAUCGGGAGCAAGGCGUCGUUGCUCGGCCCCUGCUAGCAGCGCUGUCCAGUCUCGCUCGGCGAUUGCCUCACCGCGAGGGAAUUGCCAAGCAACUGUCGCGGGAGCUUGCGCAAAGCGAUCGGAGCAGUGCAAUCGACGCGUGCUCACCAGUGUCUGAUAGCAUGGCCAUGCAGACACAGAAUGGAGAGAGCGAGGUGUCGGAGCAGAUCGACAAGCUGCUCGCGAGUGGUAAUACCGUGGAUCCACCGACAAUGAAUCGCCUAUUUCGAAACAUCAUACCAAAAGUCGAGGCCGGAUGGGCCAAAGCUGACGGCAGGCGUAGGGUUUUCGCAUCGCUACUAGCCAGGCUUCGGGUCUUUGAUGCCCAGCAUUUCGACAAGCUCAUGGCCGACUGGGUCAGCCACAUCGGGACGCUCAAGGAUCGGCCAAUGCUAUCGGAGCUAUACCCCCUCCUCGUCAACCUCGGCUGUCUGUCGGUAUCCAUCAUGCUGCACACAGCGAAUGCGGUAUGUCCUUCUAUGGAACAGGCAUCGGCAAACCCGGAUUCGCCUCCAUCCGGAGCGGCCGUCUAUAUGCAGGAGCUUCUGCGUCUGCUUAUCAUGAAGCUACCCAAAGCUGGCUGUCUCGACAGUGUCGAGGCCUAUCGAUUUGAGAUUCAACAGAGGUCGGCCCGGUCGGAACAUCCCAAGGCCCUACUCUUGCUGAUACGCAACGCUCUGGCCGAGUACGCCGCCAUACGGGCUCUCACUCCCGAGCGCGAUUCCCUGCUCGACGAUGCCGCCUGCAAGGACGGACUUGUCGAGACGCUGAGAUACCUUGUCGUGGCAGACUCGACGGCCGUGACGAGCGUUCUGCAUAUUGGGAGCUUACCGCCAAGCGCUGUUAGAUUUGUCGACCGCAUCAUAACCAGGCUUCUAGUGCCGGAUGGCGAUGAGAGCUCCCAGACGUCUUUUGAUCAACUCUUGGGCCUCACAAACGAGCUGACCAUGCCAUUCUGCCAGCUCAAGCUCACCCUAGACCUGUCCGAGACCCAGCUUGGCGCUGGCGAGGCUGAGGAAGAAAAGUCUUCGCGAUUCGAGGCUUUCGCAAAGGCAAUGGCCCGCGCGAUUGAAGCUAGGAACAUCAUGUGGACAAGCAUGCUCCCGUGCUUGAGCCCGGACAUCACUCGCAAUCUGAGCACUCAGGCACACGCAAGAUUUCUGGAUCUCCUCCCGUCUCUGAAGUCGACAGGGUUUGAGGACGAAGCGACCAACGACCAUCGCAUCCAUCUGGCCGAGAACUUACUUGGAGUGAUCGAGGCCAUCAUAUCUGGCCAGCCGCCAUCAAAGUCCGCACAUCUUAACUCGAACCUGGUGGAGAAGCUGUGCGAUCUGUGCGAAAUUGCUGCGUCACAGGACCAGGAUCGAGUACAGGCACAGAAGAAGGUCUUGAGCCACUGGCUUCCCGCGCUUUUGCGGUUCAUCGUCCUUCACAGCAUCUCUUCCGAGCCGCCGCAGGCACCGAACCCCAACCAACCAGGCCCCACCAAGAUUUCCAUACCGCCUCACCACGAUGCCAGGGCCCGCAUCAUCCUGGCUCUCUGUGGGCUCCUUCUCGAGCUCGAUUCUCGACCCCAAACCACGCAAAGCACGCUCUCUCAGCAGGUCUUUGAUGUAGCAGUUUUCCUAGUCGACGCCCUUCCCGACGACCUCCGAGUUCAGUGCGCCAAAAGCAUACUCCAUCUGCCGGGCGGCGCGUCAAACACGAGCACGUCGUCGGACCCGCGACUCUACUACCUGUUCAGCAUACAGCAACCCACGUGGGCGGAGAAUCUGAAGCUCGCGCACAAGGAGAGGGCGUCGAUUGCCUACAGCGCCGCGGCCCGGGGCAUGAGCGCCUUGUAUGGGAUCGGACCUGCGUCUCACGAGCGGCUCAGCCCGUAUGUGCUUCGCCGGUGGGAGGUGCUGAGCGAACCGACGCCGAAUGUUGGUGAGAACGACACCAGCUUGAGCCUUGGGCUGUUUGAGGCCAUUAAAAGGCGGUGA